CUGUUAUUCAAUGUACCGGGUGAAAGACUCCUUGUUCAAUGAACUUUUAGAAAUUGAAAAUAGACUACACGUACUCAUUGCCAAAAUAUCUUCAAAGAUUGAUGGUUGAAAAUGGGAAAAUGAUAGCUAAAUGGACGCCCUGUUUGGUUUGAUUAGAAUGGGCUGUAUUUGUGGGAAAGAAGCUAUUCGCAUCAAUAAUAGAAGAUUUUAUCUCCGAUCAAGACUAGGAGAAGGUGGGUUUAGCUAUGUUGACCUGAUAGAGGACAUCAGAACUCACAAAGACUAUGCUCUUAAGAGAAUUACAUGUCAUUCUAACGAGGAAGAAAGGAUAGCUUUGCAGGAGAUAGAAUUAAUGAGAACAUUCCAACAUCCAAACAUCAUUCCAUUAGAGGAGUCCUCUGUCAUUAAAGUCAACCAGUAUUCCAAACAUCUAGAUAUUGUUAGUGAAGUCCUCAUUGUCAUGCCCUAUUAUUCAAGAGGAUCCUUACAAGACAUAAUAGAAAAGAUGAGUAAGAAGUCAGAGAGGUUUCCAGAAGAAAGUGUAUGGGGAUUGUUUAAGGGGAUCUGUCUUGGACUCCAAGUAUUCCAUAAACAUGAUCCUCCAUAUGCUCACAGAGAUCUGAAGAUGGCCAAUAUAAUGUUAGCAGAUGAUGGGACAGCAAUAAUAAUGGAUUUAGGGUCUGCAAAUAAAGCUAGAGUAGAGAUCAAAACUCCAUCUCAGGCACAUAGCUUGCAGGAUGAAGCAGCAGAAAGAUGUUCUAUGUUCUACAGGGCACCAGAACUUUUUAAUCCAGAACUGGGUUCCAGCGUAGACGAAAGAACAGACAUUUGGUCUUUAGGUUGCUUGUUAUAUGCAUUAGCCUACUUGACAUCACCAUUUGAGAGUGAUUAUAAUCAUGGUGGAAGUAUAGCUCUGGCUGCUCAAAGUGGUCGAGUCAAAUUUCCAGAAGAUAAUCGAGGAUAUUCCAAAUCUUUACAGGACACAAUAUUAUUACAAAUGAAAGUUAACCCAGCAGAGAGGCCAUUUAUAGACAGUGUAUUACAACAUAUAGAAACUGUGUCAUACUCAGCUACUAACCGUGUGUGACAGUAUCAUUUAUGCAUUUAUCAUUUUAUCUACGAUACUCAAUAUGUUUGAAAGGGUGUUUUAAGUAGAAAAGGCUGGGAAGUUAAAUAUAUUUUAAUGCUGAAUAAGUUUAACUACCAAUAAUCUAUAGUAAAGACAUGUACGUAAGACAUUUUAUAUAUAUAGAUAUGAUUUGUCUGCUAUUCAUUAAUGAAUAAUUGUAUAAUAUUUAUUUCAUUUGAUGUUGGAACCAGUGAUCAGAUCAUUUGAUGUUGGAACCAGUGAUCAGAUCAUUUGUUACCUACUGUUGAUUCAUUUAUUUUCGUGGGUACCAAUUUUCGUGGGUACCUAUUUUCUUGGAUUGAGUAAGCAUUUUCAUGGAUAUUUGAUUUCGUGGUUUUCCAAAAGUCUGCAAAUAAUCAUACAGCAAAUUUGUUAUUCGUUGAACAUUUAAAUUUGUGGUUUCCCUGUACCCUCGAAAUCCACAAAAAUUGGUAUCCAACAAAUAAUAAUGAAUCCACAGUAUGCUGAUAUAUCAUAACUUAUUUAAAAUAUUUCAGUUUUACUGCUGUUUAGUGAAUCACUAUUUAUAUCAGUAUAUUGUUUUUUUUAGUCAUUUUUAGUGAAUAAUGUUUAUAAAAUGACAAAUGUCCUGCAUUCUUAAAUUGGCAUAUGUCAAUUCUGUUUCUCUUUCAUCUAUUAAUGGGCUAAUUAUCUUGACAAGAAAAUGAGAAUAUUUAUCAUCCAGUUUAAUUAUUUAUUUAAUCCUAUUAAAAUCUUUUUAGUUAGGGCUUUUUCCAGGAAAGGUUGUAUUCCAGAAAAUAGGGCUUUUGAUGGCUUUCUAAAUUACACAAUAUGAUGGUGUAAAAACUAGAAUGCAUAUUUUAAGAUAUCCUGAUAAAUUUGUAUGGAUUGUGGAUGUGACAUCCCCUCCUAACAAUGGAUUGUGGAUAUGACAUCCCCCUCCUAACGAUGGAUUGUGGAUGUGACAUCCCCCCUAACGAUGGAUUGUGGAUGUGACAUCCCCUCCUAACGAUGGGUUGUGGAUGUGACAUCCCCUCCUAACGAUCAUCCCCUCAUAGCAAUGGAUUGUGAUUGUGACAUCCCCUCCUAGCAAUGGAUUGUGGAUGUGACAUCCCCUGCUAACAAUGAAUUGUGGAUGUGACAUUCCCUCCUAACGAUGGAUUGUGGAUGUGACAUCCCCUCCUUACAAUUUCUUUCUGGGCUUUAGAAAAUUAUAUUCAACUUUGAAAUAUUGAUAAAUCAUAAACCUUGAUAUGAACAUUGUGUAAUAUUAAAAUAGGCUACAACUUACUUGUAUAUGCCUUGUUUGAUGUGCAAUAAACGCUGAACUUUUUAUCUAUAUUGUAUAAUGCUGUCUUGUAAUAUUAUGAUUGUAUUAAGUUCACAUUUGAAAGCUGUUAGAGUUCUUUUUUAUUACAAGGCCUUUGUAUUAUUCUUGUAAUUAGGAAAUGGAACAGUGAAACUUAUUUUGAAAUCCCCAGAAAUUACAGGAAUUUUUCACACUCAUUUUAUUACAAGAGAAGAAAUAUAAAACAUCAGUUUUCCUAUUAAAAUUCGACCCAAUAGUCAGAAAUUUCUCUGCCUUCUCCCAAAAAUCAGAUUAACACUCAGAAAUCAAUUACAUGUAUAAAUCAUUCUAAUUAAAUCCUAUAUUUAAAUAACUAAAAAUUGUUGAUUUUGUUUUCUGAUUGGUAACAAUUCCACAGUUAUCAUCGACUAAAUAUUAUUCUUCAAAAUAAAUGUUUUGAGCUGGAGUAUCACUUUAAUAGAGAGACCACAUUGUACCUCACUUUCUAUCAGCUGCUUGUGAAAAAAAGUAUUCCCCGAUCAGAAGGAGGGACUUUGCAUAAAAAACAUAAAGAGGAAUAUGAUUUCUCACAAACUUCUACCUGAUCAUAAAGGAGCAAUCCAUUUGCCACAAUUUUGUGUAUAUAAAUAAACUCAUCAUAGAUACCAGUAACCAGGAUUGAAAUUUUGUAUGCCAGACGUGCGUUUCGUCUUCAAAAGACUCAUCAGUGAUGCUCGAAUCAAAAAAGUUUUAAAAGCCAAAUAAAUGACAAAGUUGAAGAGUGUAUCUGAUUACCAACAUGUAAUAUGAGGAUUGUGUUUCCUGUGAAAGAGAUUGAAUAUUAGUUUGUUUAAAUAGAAACAAGUCUUUAAUGCUGAUUCAACAUAAGAUUUUAUAAUUAUGAAACAGAUGCAAAAUGAGUUUCAGGGAAAACUUAUCUGAUAAUUAACAGACAUUUUUUAAAAUAAAUAUUGUCUAUCUUCUCUGAUUUCAUGUAGAAAUAAUUACAGUUUUAAUUUAAUAAUACUUUAAUAAGAUCAAAACAAUACAUGAAACAAACAGUGUAGAAAAUGCAAAAUAACAUGUCAGACCAACAUCAAGGGGGGGGUUCCAUAUUUCAGCUUACUUUUCAACAAAAAUUAUGCAAGAAAGGAGUAGAGCCAGUAACCCCAAUAAACAACCCUUUUUCGUAUGAAACCGGAUGUGAUGUACUAUGAUUUGGUGGUAUUACACCUGUAAAGGUGAAUUUUUUUAAAUUCAUUUGUUUGAGUAAAUCUUAUGUGUAUGUAUUGCUUAAUGUAAUAUUUUUGAAAGUAUAAUAAGAAUAGUUGUAUAUCUGCUUUAUAUUUAUAAAUACAUUAGCCUGAAAUAGGAAUACAUUUUAUUUUAGUCCAUUUUUCUAGAAAUGUGUCACCUUUUUUGUCUCGCCUGUCGCAGUAUGGGAGACAUAAGUAUUACUAUCUGGUGGCGGCAGCAGCGUAAACUAUUUGUAUAAAGCUUUAUAUUUCAGAAGGUAGAAAACCUGGAUGCUUCAUACCUUGUAAGCAGAUACCUUAUGUUACGAAGUUUCCGUCUGUCAUAUGCCCAUUGUCCUUGAUCUCAUUUUCAUGGUUCAGUGACUGCUUGAAAAAAAAUUACAAUUUUUUUGCCAUGUGAAUUUCUCACUUAUUAUGAGUAAUAGGAUAACUAUAUUUGGUAUAUGGCUUCCUUGCAAUGUCUACAUGUCCGUCAGACAGGGUUAACCUGACCUUCACCUCAAUUCAUGGAUCAGUGAUCAAGGUUAAAGUUACGUGAUUAGGUCCGUUUCUCAGAUACUACAAGCAGCAGGUCAACUCUAUGUGGUGUAUGGAAUGAUUGUAAGGGGUACAUGUCAGACUGGCAGGUUUCUUCUGACUUUGAAUUCAUUUUCAUGGUUCAUUGGUCAUUGUUAAUUUUUUGUGUUUUGGUCUGUUUUUCCAGGACUGCAAGCAAUAGGUUAACUAUAUUUGGUGUAUGGAAUGACUGCAAGAUGUACAUGUCUGUCUAACUGGUGUCAUCUGACCUUGACCUCAUUUUAAUGGUUCAUUGGUCAAUGUUAAGUUUUUGUGUUUUGGUCUGUUUUUCAAGUACUUUAAGCAAAAGGUCAACUAUAUUUGGUUUAUGGAAUGAUUUUAAGGUGUACAUGUCUGUCUAGCCGGUGUCAUCUGACCUUGACCUCAUUUUCAUGUUUCAUUGGUCAAUGUUAAGUUUUUGUGUUUUAGUCUGAUUUUCAAAUACUAAUAGCAAUAGGUCAACUAUUAUUGGUGUAUUGAAUGAUUGUAAGGUGUACAUGUCUGUCUAGCCAGUAUCAUCUGACCUUGACCUCAUUUCUAUGGUUCAUCGGUUAACAUUAAGUUUUUGUGUUUUGGUCUGUUUUUCAAUUACCAUAAGCAAUAUUAUAGGUCAACUAUAUUUGGUGUAUGGAAUAAUUGUAAGGUGUACUUGUCUGUGUGACAGUUUUUAUCUGACGUUGAGCCCAUUGUAAUGGAUCUUUAAAAAUGUUAAGUUUAUGUGUUACUUGUAGUAAAACCUUUAUCUUUAAGACUUUCAACAUAAAUUCAAUGGUCAGUAAAACAGGCGAGACAUUUCAGCGUGUGCACUCUUGUUAACCUUUAUUUCAUGAUUUUUUUAUGAGGCUUCACCCCUCGCCCAUUUAACCUUUGGUCGAAAAGUAAAGAAUACGGUAUAUAGAGAAUAUUUUAGCAAAAAUAUGUGUGGGCAAGGCAUGGUGCCACUGUUAUUUCUUCAGAAAACUGUCAUAAAUUUUGCCUUCAGUUUUAAACAAAAUUCACCUACAAUUAUGACGUCAAAAAUACAUCACUUAUCAGUAAUGACGCCAUAGGUGAAAACCUUUUUUUUUUAACUGAAACAACUGGACAUUUUAACAUAUGUUUUCCAUGUUUUCAUCAAAUUAUCAUAACAUUAUCACAGUUUUAAAAAAUUUAGAUUUUAAUGGCCAAAAUUAUGAGUUAGUGAACCAACUCCUUUUGUAAAUCUAUUUUCGGUUUUGUUCAGUCCUAAAGUAGGAAGACAAUGAGGUGAUAUUGCUACUUUAAUUCUAUGGUUAGAAUAUAUGAUUUUUGAAAGCUCAUUGCACAAAGUAAAAAAAAAAGUAUUUUAUUAAUUUAAUUUAAAGAAAAAAAGUAAGACAGUUUUACAUGGCCAGCUAACAGAUAUUGUCCUCUUUCACAGGUACACUUGUCUCAUAUUAUAUUUUAAACACAAUGGCCAUGUAUGAAAUUUAAGCUGCAUUUUUCUAGCCACCUACAAAUAAAAGCUUCCUGAAAUGUGUUUUAUGGCUUCAUGUCAGCAUGCUUUACUGUGUUAUAUGUUUUCAGAUUUAUUUCUCUCUAACUUGUGGAUUACAGAAAACUUAAAGCAGGGGUCUCAUUUGUGAGCAAAAGCUCACAGCUCAACUUGUUUAAAUAAUCAUCUGUAGUGUGAAAAGAUUAAAAUUUGUAUUUGAUGUUCUUUGCUGUCAACCAACAUGGCCACAGGUACUACUGUAAAUUGGGAUCUUUUGUAAUUGGUUGUAGUCAUAUGGGAUGUAUUUGUUUCUUAACCUUGAAAUGUCUGGAUAAUAACAAUAUAAAAGAUAAUGCAUUUCUUCGCCAAUCAAAUGAGGAUAUUGGUUAGAGAAAUGUUCGUCUCUUGAUAUAAUUUCCACUUGCAUGUUUCGAUAGGAAACUUUAUAUUAAAGGUGUGUAAUUUACAAGUUGUUAUUUUGUUUUUUUUAUUAAACAUUAUUUGAAAAGGCU